AUAAAAUACAUAAUGUUUGUGGCUACACUGUCUACGCUUGAUAAUAGCACCUGCAUAUAACAACGGACAGUAUUUCCCCGGAUUGUUACUGUAAUGGGUGUUGUAUCGAUCUCCGAGACAGACAGGAUGUGGAGCUGAAAGAAAGAAGGCGGAGAAUAGUUCAAAGUCGCUGGAAACAUUGUCGCAAAAUCCGAAAGGAUUGCAAUGGAACGAUGCCCUUUAUUUAGAAUAAACUAAUAACGAAAGGGACCCCAGCAAGCCUAGAGGAAUGUAGAUGAAGAGUGAUUCGGCCUCCAACAUAAAGUUAUCCCUCCACUGAACCAAAUAGGGCUGAUUAUACACAAAGAGUUUAGCCUAGCAACCGGCUGCCACCAUGAUGAUAUCCAGGCUGGUCUGGGUGUGCCUGGCACUGCUAGGGGCGAGGAGCUGCCACGCCCACAGUCUAUUCACCUGUGAACCCAUCAAGGUGCAUCGCUGCCUGGGGAUGCUCUACAACAUGACUUUCUUCCCCAACAUGAUGGAGCACUAUGACCAGGACAUAGCAGCCAGCAGGAUGGAGCCCUUCAUGCCGCUGGUCAACCUGCGCUGCUCUCCGGACGUACAUCACUUCCUGUGUCAGGCCUUUAUCCCAGCAUGCACUGAGGACACCAAAGUGAUCCGGCCAUGUCGCGACCUGUGUGAGAAAGUUAGGUCAGACUGCAGGAAGGACAUCAGCACCUUCGGCAUCACCUGGCCUCCGGAGCUGCAGUGCGACAGGUUGGAAGAUUGCCUCUACUCUCCAGAUGGCUCAGUCCUGCCACCAACCAGAGUGACCACACCCAAGACCUCUCUGUCUACCAAGAGGGACAUGGGCUUCUGGUGCCCCUUUCAGCUGAAGACCCGACCCGGCCAGGGAUCCACGUUCCUGGGUGCCGGGGACUGCGCUCCCCCUUGCUCCAACAUGUACUUCAAGCCCCAUGAAAUCGAGUUCGCCAAGACCUUCAUCGGGGUGUGCUCCAUCAUCUGCCUCUGCGCCACACUCUUCACCUUUCUCACCUUCCUCAUCGACGUCAAACGCUUCCGCUACCCCGAACGGCCAAUCAUCUUCUACGCCGUGUGCUACAGCUUCGUGUCGCUCAUCUACUUCAUUGGCUUCCUGCUGGGGAACAAUGCAUCCUGCAACAAGGCGGUGCACCCGGCUGCCAUGGACACGGUAGUGCUGGGCUCCCAGAGUAAAGGCUGUACGUUACUCUUCAUGCUACUCUACUUCUUCUCCCUGGCCGGCAUCGUCUGGUGGGUCAUCCUCACCAUCACCUGGUUCCUGGCCGCCGGGCCCAAGUGGAGCUGCGAGGCCAUCGAGAAGAAGGCGGUGUGGUUCCACUCUGCCGCCUGGGGGAUCCCCGGAACACUAACCGUCAUGCUACUGGCUCUCAACAAGGUGGAGGGAGAUAACAUCAGCGGGGUGUGCUUCGUGGGGCUCUAUGAUCUGGACGCACUGCGGUACUUUGUGCUGGCGCCACUGUGUAUCGGGGUUGUGGUUGGGCUGUCUCUGCUCCUGGCUGGGAUCGUGUCGCUCAACAACGUGCGUCAGGUGAUCCAGCACGAUGAGAGGAACCAGGAGAAGCUGAAGAAGUUUAUGAUCCGUAUUGGGGUGUUCAGUGGUCUGUACCUGGUGCCCCUAGUCACUCUGCAGGGGUGUUAUAUCUAUGAACAGAGCCAGCGCUCCACCUGGGAAAACACCUGGAUCAAUGACCGUUGCCAGGAGUACAGCAUUCCCUGCUCACACAAGACUACAGAGUCUGGUCAUCCAGACCUGUCCCUAUUCCUCAUUAAAUACCUGAUGACCCUGGUGGUUGGGAUCUCAGCUGUGUUCUGGGUCAGCAGCAAGAAGACCUGCUCAGAAUGGGCCUUCUUCUUCAACAGGACCAGGAAGAAAGACCCCAUUAGUGAGAGCCGAAGAGUUCUCCAGGAGUCCUGUGAGUUCUUCCUCAAACACAACAGCCGUGUCCAGCACAAGAAGAACCACUACAACCCCGGCUCCCACAAACUCAAGGUCAUCUCCAAGUCCAUGGGCACCAGCACUGGUGCCUCAGUCACAGGCAACCACGGCACCUCAGCAGUGGGUAACCAUGAGGCCAUCCGGGGCCAGGCAUCUUUCUCAGAGGCCAGGGGCUCAUCUGAGGCCUCCGCCAGGGAGCAGCUGGAGAGGGGCAGCUCCACCCGUGGCUCCAGGCUGAGGGACAGGGAGAAGCAGCCCAGUGGACAGGCCCUGUCUGGGGGGAGAGAGGGGGCAGAGAGACGUAGUAAGAAGGGCAGCUCCAGCAAGGUUAGCAGCCGCUCAGAGAGCUUCCACAGAGUCCCAGAGGGAAGGAUGACUCCCCGGAGUGAACUAUCAGAGACGAGACAGAUGCCCAGUGGACAGCACCUGGCUUUAAGCAACUCCCACAGCGGCAGUGCGAAAGGCUCCGUCCCUCACCUGGUUCGCCAGUUACCAGAGGAGAAAAAGGACAAGGACAGCAGCUGUUGAGCCCAACCAGCAGGCUCCUAUGAUACUUAACACCAACAAAGAUGGGUGACUCUGGUCCUCAGGGGCUGGACUGAGUGUCUGCUGGUUUUUGUUCUGUUCUUCCUUUCAAAUGAGCAACUGAUUUAACCUGUCAUACCAUACCAGAUGUGUACACUCAGAACAAUCAGUGAUAUUAGUGGAUCGAUUAAGUACCUGAGGGAGAAUAGAGAGUUGAGAAAAUCCAAAGGACAGGAGUUUUCCUUCACACCACAGAGACGGGAAGGAAGAGACUAGGUGGGCCACUAAGAUCCUAGAGAGUUCCCUUCAGUGACCGACCCAACAGGUGUAGCUACUGUACGUCAGUCAGCUGGACUGGAUCACUGGACACAUCAAGGUGAAUGAGGUUAGAGAAUCAUGCAGCUCUUCAGACCAACAGUUGUAUUUCCCUGCUGUAAAACAGUCACUUCGGUUGACAUAUUGUUUAUUUACUUAUGAAAGCUGUACUUUUCUGAGGGUAGAUUGAUAUGUAAAGUGUGUAGAAUAUACACUGGCAAUAUUUAUGUAAACUAUUUUAUUUUCUAUCACUGGACUAGUCUUUACACUGAGUUUAAGCGCUUGAAAAUCUGAAAAUCGUGAAGGUUUCACCAAACAAUCAGAACUUCAACGAUAUCUAGCUGUGGUGGUUAACUCUUUUUAUUUUAUUUUUGUAUUCAAAUGGUUAAUGUCAUGUAUAUGUAGACACUUCCAUCAUGAAACAAUGAGAAGCAAGCAUAGCAGUUCUGUAGUUGCAGUAGACAGGAGGUUCUCACUACCAAUACAAUCAGUAUGCUACUCUACUUUUCAUUCCUUUUCCAUUAGUGUUUUUCAGUAUAUCUAUAAAUAGUUAAAUAAGCAUUUUUCAAUUUGCUGAUUCUCCUCAUUAACUUAAUUUCCUGUAAAUCUGAGUGGAGCAUGUGUUUUUUUAUACUACAGUUUCUAGAAGAAUGUGCCUUGUGAACUGAAUCAUGGUCUUCAGAUAACCUACUUUUUGUCUGUCUUCCUACAGAUGCUUUACAUGUGUGACAGUCAUUCCAUGUGUGCAUUCAUCUCCAGUGAAAUAUGUGGACAAAGUAACCAGGCUUAUUUCUGGCUCUUGACCUUAUGUAAGUUGUUGUGGUUGGACAUCUCACUACACUAGAGGAGUUACCACUUAGAGAUGAACCCAGUGCAAAUAAUGAGUGAUACUGUACAAUUUGUACAGAGAUCGAAUGUCUUUUUUUGGAGUUUAUAUUUCUGUUACGCAAUUAUCUUUAAACCAAAUAUAGUAGUAUGUAUACCUAACAUAACUGAUGAUCCAAUAUGAAAACACCAGUAGAAAAAUCAGAGACGAAAUCCAAUCCAAAGCAUGUACCUAGUUGAGUUGAUCUUUUUUGACAAAUGUGUGGGUUUUGUUCAGUAUUUCACUUGUCAUGAUUCUUACCGGUAAUCCAUGAACUGUGUUUGACUACACAUUUUUCUUGCAAGCAUUUUCCCGAAAGGCCUGUUGGGAAUAAGUCUUGCACACUGUAUGAAUAAAAACCAUGUAUCCAUCCAUACAUACUCACAAUAAUUUGAUAAGUAUUUGAAUCCCUCCAUGCUGAAUUGUUUUAUUGUCUUUAAUCUGACCCUGUCCUUGAUCUUCAUCCAUAUCUAUUGUAUAUUAUUAUGUGGCUAUCAGAAGACAAAGGUUCCAGCUAAAGGGAAUGUGUUAUCUUGCUUCCACUCCUUCACACAUGAAUAAUAUAACCACUACUCAUCCUUGAUUGCACAUAGACUUGUUUAGGCUAUAGAUUUUUUUGUAUAUAUAUAUUUUAAAUUCCCUAUACUUUUUUGUGAACUUUUGUAGACUUAUGUUGUAUGUACUAUUUGAUAUAUAUUUUGUAUCAAUUAUAUUUCCUUUUAAUAAAAGAUUAUUGAAUCAAAUAAAA